CAUGCGCUCUGAGAAAUUGGCGAUGCUCAUGGAGGCUGUGUAACAAGAAAACUGUCAUAGGGUCAGAGCAGUGAAAUUAUAGUUCUAUUUUAUUUUCUUGUAAUUUUUCGAAUCAAGUCCUUUCAAGAACAAUACAUUUUUAUUGAAGUAGUAAUGUGCGCUAGUUAGUGAGAGCAAGUAAAGAGUGGUUCAAGCUUGAACUCGUAUCAUUGUAAAAUGAAAAUUAUUUGGAUCCCUGACCCUACAUCAUAGAUGAAAAAAUGAAGAAGCUCUUGGAAAACAGUGACUGUUUGAACAAACCCAAGUAUUGCUCAAUUGAAAAGAAAGUAUCAGUCGUGCAUCGUAUUAAUUGUGGACAGUUUCCUUUUCUCUUUUUAAAAUAAUUUUUUAAAACGAAGAAUCAAAACGUUCAAGCGUGUUAAUACAAAAUAUGUUGUUGACCUCUCAUGAUAACUAUGAGAAACAUGGCGCCAUAAUUUCAUGAAACGUUGGAUAAAAGUUGUAUAUAACAUUCGUUCAUAUCUGAAUGAGUUGAUAAGUGUUUAAUGUGGCCGCUAGCGCGCCUUCAACCUGAAACAUGUAUUUUGUUAUGGAUUUAUAUUUGAUCGUACUAUGUCUACUCGUGAUAUGCAUUAGAGAUAGCUUGCAAGGCCCCCACGAAAAAAAUUUAUUAAACAAGUUGUUAAAUACGUACAACACGCUCGAGCGUCCUGUAGCAAAUGAAUCUGAAUCAUUGGAGGUGAAGUUCGGAUUAACUUUACAGCAAAUCAUAGACGUGGACGAGAAGAAUCAACUACUUAUUACGAAUAUUUGGCUUUCUUUGGAAUGGAAUGAUUAUAGCUUAAGGUGGAACGAGUCCGAAUACGGUGGCGUGAAAGAUCUACGGAUAACUCCUAAUAAGCUAUGGAAGCCCGACGUGUUGAUGUACAACAGUGCUGAUGAAGGGUUCGAUGGCACGUACCAUACGAACGUUGUGGUAAAAAAUAACGGCAGCUGUUUAUAUGUACCUCCUGGUAUCUUCAAAAGCACCUGUAAAAUAGAUAUCACGUGGUUCCCUUUUGAUGAUCAACAUUGUGAAAUGAAGUUUGGUAGUUGGACAUAUGACGGAAACCAGCUCGAUUUAGUGCUGAAUUCUGAUGAAGGAGGUGAUCUGUCUGAUUUUAUAACUAAUGGCGAGUGGUAUUUAAUAGGAAUGCCGGGAAAGAAGAACACAAUAACAUAUCAAUGCUGCCCCGAACCUUAUGUUGAUAUAACGUUCACCAUACAAAUUCGCAGACGAACCCUUUACUAUUUUUUCAACCUCAUUGUUCCGUGCGUUUUGAUAUCUUCAAUGGCUCUAUUAGGUUUCACGCUGCCGCCGGACUCUGGUGAAAAAUUGACUUUAGGCGUGACCAUUCUUCUAUCACUAACUGUAUUCCUGAACUUAGUGGCGGAAACAUUACCUCAAGUAUCCGAUGCGAUUCCUUUGUUAGGACUUACUAUACUGGUGUCCCAGACAGUAUUUUCGUUAUUAGUGGGUCAUGUCAUUACAAAGACUAGUGAAGCAGUACCAUUGUUAGGUACCUACUUCAAUUGCAUCAUGUUCAUGGUUGCUUCAUCUGUAGUUCUAACUGUUGUGGUAUUGAAUUACCAUCACAGGACGGCUGACAUCCAUGAAAUGCCACCUUGGAUUAAAUCAGUAUUCCUCCAGUGGCUGCCUUGGAUCUUGCGUAUGGGACGUCCCGGUAAAAAGAUCACACGAAAAACUAUUUUGCUUUCAAAUCGUAUGAAAGAGCUCGAGCUGAAAGAACGAUCAUCAAAAUCUCUUCUUGCGAACGUUCUGGACAUCGAAGAUGAUUUUAGGCAUGCAAGUGCUGGAAUCACAGGUUCUACAACAGCAAUUAGUUCUUCUGGGUUUUCCAGGCCCACCACCGUGGAAGAACACCACGCAAUGUCAGGUUGCUCGCAUAAGGAUUUGCACUAUAUUCUGAAGGAAUUACAAUUCAUAACGAAUAGGAUGAGAAAAGCAGACGAAGAAGCAGAGUUAAUCAGUGACUGGAAAUUCGCAGCUAUGGUUGUUGACAGAUUCUGCCUUUUUGUAUUCACGUUAUUUACGAUUAUCGCUACAGUCACUGUGUUACUAUCGGCUCCACACAUAAUAGUGCAAUAAUAACGAAUUGAAUUUUGAUAUAAGGACUUGUUAUAUAGGUGAUCUAUUGAAAUUUAUAAGAUUUUUUAAAAUGGGCAUGUAAAUCAAGUUAGAAGUUAAUUAGAUUAUUAAAAUAGAUUUUAAUAAACAAACGAUCAGUUAAAAACUGCCGACAAAUAAUGAUGAACGACAAAAUCUAAAACAUCAUAAGUAAAUAUCGGAUGAAUACGUAUAGAUAAAAAAAAUCGAUAAAAAUAUUUUUUUAAAAACAAGAAGCUGAUUCGAUGGAAUAAUAUCUUCUAAUUGUAAGUCCUCAAGAGAACUCAAGCAACUGUUCCUGCAAUCAUUACCAAAGCACUAUUGAGAUACUGAUGAGUAAGCCUGCAUAUGAGAGCCAUAAAGAGGAUGUCUAUUUUUGCAUCUGCGUCUUGAAAUUCACUUCAUCGGUAUUAAGUUCAACAGCAAAGUCGUCAUCGCAAAAUAAGGGAGAAUUAAUCAAUCAUUGUAACAAUAAUGGUAGUUCAUAAUUAUCGAGACAGAAAAUGAAUGAAAUUAGCACUAUACUAUAGUUAAAUCAAAGAAAAGAUCUAUUUCUUUUCAGAGUAUAUGUAUAAUUAUAUACAUAUAGGGGUAUAUGUAUAUCUCUAUAUGUACGUAAGGAUAUUAGAUGUAAGAGUAGUUUAAAUACGAUUUGAUUAGGAAUUAAUAAUGUAUCGAAAGAGUCAUCUAUAUGUAGAUGGUUGAAAGUUAUAUCUAAUUUAAAGAUUACGGAAACAGAUAGCGUAUAUAUUUCGGAUAUACGCAAUAUAUAAUUGGUUAGAUACGAAUAUGCCAAAGUAGGAUUGUUAUAAAAACAGCGACAUUCAAAUAGCUACGAAUUGAAGUUUUCAGUAUAACUGAAGUAGCAACUUAUCAUCAUAUUGCCAUGUAUCAAGAUGAUUCCAAUUUUUCUGUUUGGUUUACCUUACCAGCUACGUAAAUGCACGUAACUGUGAAUAACAAUUUUUGUUUUUGCUGAAAUAAAAUUUCAUUAGGUUUAAUAGUUUAUUUUAAAUGAAUUUUAUCGGAGUGUUUACAAUUUGCUUUCAAAUGUCAUUGAAUUGUUGAGAUUAUAAAACGAGGUAUUUAAAUAAAGAAUAUUGCGAUUGUAUCGCAUGUAUUUUACUACUAUGUAGAUACUAUAGUUUUACUAUAAAUAAGAAAUAUGCUAUAAAUCAUAACAUCAUCGAAUCGGAAUUGUUAUUUGGAAUAAACAUUCGAUUACUAUCGAUCUAAAUAAAGAUAGUAGCCAUUCUGCAGAACGGGUGCGAAGCGUAAUAGACAUUGGGCCUAACGGAGUUUAAGCAUAAUGUACUUUAGGCAUAGUUCUGCCUUCUUUAUGCAAUGGAUUGUUCUUUGGUGCAUGUUAUGCCAAACCUUCAUUAUGCCUAAAGUACAAUUUUCCUACAGUACGUUAUGCUUAAUGUCCAUUAUACCGCAGCAACUCCGCGAAAGAGUUGUGUCAACGGAUAGUUGAAGUCACCUAGUGACAAUCGCACCGCGUGGAAGCGAAAUACUUCCAAUAAGCAAACACGCUAUGAUUUGGAAAUGUGUCCUAGAAUCAUUUAUUUGGUAGGCUCCAUUUUGUGUGACUUUUACCUCUUCCUUGGGACCCCUUAUACCCAAAUGAGACAUUGUCGGCCACAGAUUAGUGUUCUUUAGUCACUUCCAUCCUAUACAAAUUCGAGUCUGUCUCAUGUUUUAAGUGCCCUCCGAAAAUUUGAGCGGAUUUGAAAAAACUAGCUUAGCUCAAUCGUUUCGAGCUUGUAUGGAAAAUAGUAUGAGUAAAUCAUUUUUUGUUUACUGGUUAUAGCGCUUUCUCAUUAAGCGUAGGAGAGAAAACCACCCACCAUCUAAAAUCAAUAUUCAAGAACUUUCACUCCGUGAAAAUCGGGGUUACGGAAUCCAAUGUUUUCCACAAAUUCUGAAAGCUGCACCAGAAAAUUGUUCGUCAGUUUUCGAUCUCCAUACAUGUAAGUGGGGUGGACUUUUUGUUUUUCUUCCGACUCUUUGAACACAAAUGGGAGCAAAAUCUGUAGAUAAGAUGUCCGAGGUCAAGAUUUUUUUUGGAAACGGCGGAAGAAAUCUGCAAACAGACUCCUGAUAAUGUUAGGAUGGGAUCACUACUCCUAACUCACUGAACUUCAUUUGUACUAGUCGUUCCCGCCCGCAUUCUAGCAAUACUUCAGGGGUGACUAUCGAGACUUCCGCUCUGGCUAGAUGCCCAACUGCCCAUGUAUGUGCCUCAAGCUGAGUAGACGAAAAUAGCUCAAUAAUAUCAAAUGUUUAUUAGAUAGCAAAAUGAGAUAUGGACAUGAUUGAUAUAAGAGGUAAAAGAUCAGACGACAAUAUCUCAUGAGGAGAUCAAGUUAUGCUAUUUGUAAGAAGUGAUAUAUAUCAUAUGCCAUUCGUUUUUUCUAAUCCAUAGCAUAUCUUGUUAUUUCAAUGAUACCUAUUUCGGUGCAAAUUUUUGAUAUUGUUGCCUGUUCUUUUAUCUCUCAUUCCAAUCAAGUCUAUCCUAUUUUGUUAUUCUGUUUAUGGCUUUUGUCCAGGAACACUCGCUCAUGUAGUGGUUGGGUGGAUUUAGAUUCAUCAUUUUGAUCCAGACAUACCAGAAAUUGCUUUAACCUUCCUUUAACCUUCCUGUCCUGUUCAGUCUUUCCCACUGGCUCUACAUUCGGACUGGAAACAGGGAUUCGAGAAUGCCCUCUUCUCUCCAAACAUGAAAGACGGGAACGAGAGUCGAUCUAGUCAUCUCCGUAAUGGCAAUCUUACAAUCUUGCUACAAUGAACCAUUAAAACCCUUAUUGAAGAAUGAAAUCUAUAAUAUACAUUUUCUCAAACGUUGUAGUUGUUUUAAGUUAAAUAUUUUUUUGGCUGUUGUUGAUAUGUCAAAGCAAAUGGAUAUUUAUAUUGUGUAUCUGUGUAGCUUCGGUAUAGUUUUACUACAGUGGAAAUGUAUUUCUCCUUUGAUAUAUAUAUACCUAUUCGAAACAUAUUACUAAAGGAUACUAUUCGUUGUCGGUAGAAGAUCUUGGUAUUAUUAUCACCAACAAUUUUAUCGUUUUUCUUCAAGUAGGUACAAGGAUUUUUUGUCAACCACUUUUUUGAAAAUUUGGCUAUUGUUUUGAUUUUCUCACUUCUGUAU